UUAGCGUUGAGUCAAUUGCUAGACUGCAAUUUUGACAAUUCCACGUUUUGCGGAUGGGCAAAUGAAAAUUCUGGAAAAGCGAUGUUUAACUGGAGGUUAAAAUCGGGGAAAACACCAAGCUGGAGAACAGGUCCUUCUUCUGAUGUUUCAGGUAUUUUCUUUAUUUUACUAUCUGCUUGUUAUGAAAUUUAACAGUUCGUAACGUUCAUUUGAAUUUUAAGGGAGGCCGAUUCAGUUUAAGGCAGUUAUUUUUUAACAGUGAUUCAUUUCAUUGGACUACAGUAAUUUAGAGCCAUUCUCUACAACAAAAUUAAAUAACAAAGUGUGUAAUUAUAAUACUGAAAGAAAUAAGACGAACUCGCCAUUGCAUUUCACUACCUAACUUAAAGGCAGCUACAGUGACUAAGGUUCGUUAAUAGUUGUUAUAAUAAGAUCUGUAUCCCACAUUAAUCCAUAGCCUGCGUAGCAAGCGUUUCCAAUCGAGUUAUCGCGCGAACGUUAGAGCGGGAGCAAAAAAGAAAAUGGAAGGGGGAAGGGAGGGGAGAAGAGGAAACGCUUGCCCGCAAACUUUACGAUUCUGGAAAACGCCCCUUGAUAUUUCACGUUUCCUUUUCGUUUGUAAAUUGACAACUCGUCAAAAUACUGAUAACGAACAGAUUAUCAGAUUUGAAAAAUUUACUUUAAUAACUGUAAUAAAAAGAAGCUUUACCAUAAAAGAGGGUUGAAACUCUAAGCUAAGCGAUUGCUGCGGAAUUUCUUGUUCUUUAUAGGUUAAAUUUUGAUCGUUAUGUGGCUUUAUCUCAUCUGAAACCUUGUCAAAACGUCGCAAAGGAAUGAUUUGUCCGGAACAAUUCACUCCGCCGGCUAUGCGUUUUGCAGAGCAGCUGCUCUCUAUAGGCCAGCCAGUGUCGAAAAGUUCUCUACAAUACAUGCCGCUAAAUUUCCUCUAAACAAAAAGAACCUUUUCAUUUCAAAAAGUUGACCAAUCAGUUGUCCAUGGCGGCUGUAGCUAGUGUCGAGUACCGAUGUUCUGAUUUAUGUUGAUGUUUAAUUUUCUCCAACAAACAGUCCAUCUUUUCCAGUCAGAUACGCACGCCGUCAUUUCCAAUAAAUUGGCCUUCGCUAGUCUCCAUUGCUCGAUUUCCAAUCAUACUUUGAAGGGACUCAGAUCUGAUAGACUUUCGCACAAAAUAUACAUACAUACAUACACUUUAUUACGACUCCUCUAUACGGGGUUAUUCUGUCGUAAUAUACAAUAAUUAACAAUUAUUCCACGAGGGCGCGUUAGAUAUGAGAUGGUAAAUAGCCAACGAGGCGCAUAGCGCCGAGUUGGCUAUAAUCAUCUCAUAUCCAACAAGCGCGAGUGGAAUAAUUGUUUUAUUAAAAAACGCCCACAAACUCUCGUUGAAUCUCUCCGACUUAAUUUUGUUAGAACAAACCAGAAAAGACAAGGGACUUCAGCUAUUCACAUGUCACGUCUAUCAUAACUGUCAACGCGCGAACGGACUCGCCUGGACUGGAUGAAUGAAAAAUCAAAACAUUUUAACGAUGAACACUUUUAAAAACUCAUCGAGAUUCUAGGAUUUUACACAGCAGGACAGCUAAAAAAACCUGGCAGAUAAUGUGACAAAAACUAAUUUUUAAGUAACAGCCGUCGAAAUUACUGUGAAUUUGGAUUUUCGGUGCAGUUACAAAAGUAAGAACAACGGAGAAAAUUAUUACCUCGGUCGCUUGUUAUGAAGUUAUUUGAAGCCACCAGCUGGUUUUGCUGAACGAGAAAAGAAGCUAUACUGACGCCUCGAUUGCUGUAGUGAAUGGCUGCAUAGCCUGUAUUCUGGUUGCUUGUGAUUUAUACUGUUCAUGUCGGAUAAACAAGCCGCAGUUAUCUUUCGGCGAGUGACUCUGCGAGUGGCUUCGCAAUCAUGAAGAAACAACGCUUGUCUUCCUUCGUAGCUGGUCAAGGUACUUUAGUUCCAUGUAUUUUCAUGUGUCUUUCGAUAAACUUUCAAACAAGCUCUUGUGGCUUUUUUGUUUGCGUGUUAUUUUCCCGAUGAAAUUGCAUUUUCUAGUAUUCUAAGAAAUGAAUUAAAACGAUUUGCUUAGGGCGCCAUUCUAUUCUUCGCGGAAAAAAUUCUCAGCUAGCUUCCAAUUUUAAACCGACGCGUACACCGACCAUAUAUGGAGAGCAUGGUAUAAUGGCUCAUAUACCAUAAUGGCUAAGCCAAUCAAAACGGUAAAAUUGCAUUAUCAAAUGAUUCAGUUUUUAACAAUAACAAAUAUACAAUAAUAAAAUUACAACGGGGCAAAAAAAUAUUUACAUUUGUUACGACAAAAAAUAUUUACAUGAGUUUAUAUACAAUAAAAUCAAUAAAUCAAUAAAUUUCAGACCAAAGCCUUUGUAAUCUCCGACCACAGAUCAGAUCAGACCAGAUUUGCGACGCUCGUAAACAAAACAUACUAGUGCUUUGAUUGAUGUAUUGAAUGCUAUUUAAUCAACACUACCAGCACCGCACCAAUCAAAAGCUGCGUUCGUGGGCGAACGCAGUUUUUCAAAAUAGUGGGGUUUGCGGGCAAGCGUUUCCUUCUCUGCCCUCCUCCUCCCCCUGCAUUCUUUUUGUUUGUGGUCUCUUUUCAACUUUCUGGACGAACUCGCAAGGAAACGCAUGCUACGCAGGCUAAUUAAUGCCGGAAUCGUGCUUUUGUGAUUCCUUGGUAUUCUAAAAAUAACUAAGCUCAGUGCAUGUGUAGUGAUCGAAAGCGUCAACUCAGUAAAUAUUUCUGUUCCAAAAUCUCUAGGAAAUGGUAAGUAUGCAUAUCUUGAAGCAUCGCGUCCGCGGCGACAUGGUGACAAAGUUAGGCUGUUAAGUCCUAUAACGCAAGGUCCUAUGUGCAUGUCAUUCAUGUAUCAUAUGUAUGGAAGUUCCAUGGGAAGCUUGGUAAUUCAUAUGAAAACAAAUAGAAGUGAAACAGUGGAGUGGAUUAAAACAGGCAAUACUUAA